GCGCGGGAAACCAAGCGUCAGUCGUACUCGGUCGGCAAGAACGCGCGCACGCCACGCCGGCUUUUAGGUUAGGUUUGGCGCGGUUUUGCUAGCCAGGUGCUCUCGCCGCCCCCGCGCUCCCCUUCUACCUGACAGCUGUUUUCUCUCGGGAGAUUAUUAGUCAGAUGUUUCUCUGAACCAGUCGGAGCUCACCUGACGUUCAAGCAUGGCUGCUAACGGACGAACACCGAAGCAAAGGAGGUUGGAAAUAGCAGCAGGGAUGGCUUUGAGAAACACGAAUACGCCUAGAAGGAGACGCGGCAGCUGUAAAUGUUUAUUUGGAGCUCCGGAUAGGGAUGAAACGCGCCGUUUGAUGGCGGAACAGUACGCCAGGGAUAGGAAGCGCUUCAUACGGAGGUUUAACUUCGACAUUGAGACUGAGUGUGCGUACAAUCCGACGAAAUUAGAUUCACCAGUGAAAUUCAGUGGAGAUAGUAAAGAAAAUGGUAGCCCAAGGACUGGUGUGGAGGCGCUAGCUUGUGUGGACAAUACGGAUAUACGGCUGGGAUCACCUUCGAGGCGCAGCAGUGCGGGCAGCUCACCAAGGACACCCAGAACUCCUAGGACGCCUAAAGCGUCUAGGACUCCGCGAACGCCUAAAACCCCAGCGUCUAGGAGACAGCUGCAAAUGACAGAUUAUUGGACGUUACGGAAGCACUCGGAUCCGGCAUCAGACAAAGAGAACUAGUUGAAAAUAAAACCUCUAAAUUAUUUAAGAGAAAGAUAUAAAUAUUUAAUAAGAUUUGUAUAAAAAUAAAUUUAGAAUAUAGUUGAAAAAUUUACUAAAAAAUAACUAAAUUUUAUCAGAGGCUUUUGGCAAUUUUAGAGCGAUCAAUGUAUUUGUAAUAUAAGGCCCACACCCCAUACGGGGACGAAAUUUGAAGUUGUAUGAUUUAGUUAAUGUUUUUAUCAAAUGAUCUCUACAUAAAGUUGUUAUUAUAAAUCGUUAUUUAAAAAACAUUCGAGCCCUAGACCUUUUAAAGACCCUUUUUAUGGGAUACUUGUCUUUUUGUAUGAAAUAAAUGCACUUAAUAU